CUGAUAGGAUAUCCUCAAACCUUACACAUUAACAUUUUUAAUCGUAAAUGUUAUUACUGUUUGCUACUGGUGAGUGAUAGUUUUCUGCUAAGAAAUCAUGGUUCUGUUCUUACAAUAACCGCUAUAUGUUGUUAUAUUAAUAAACUAAUAAAAUGUGCAAAGAAGAAUCAAAACAGGGAAGGAAUCCCUUAGAACCUAAUUUUCAGCCACGAUCACGACGAAAAGCUGAAAAAAUACCUCCAGUACCUUUCUUUAAAUUGUUCACAUACGCAUCGGCCGUGGACAAAUUUUUGCUAAUAUUAGGGGUAAUAUGUACUGGGGGUAGUGCCGUAUGUCGCCCCCUUAACAUGUUGGUAUUUGGAAGAUUGACAGGAAAGGUAAUAAAUUAUGCAUCUGAGAUGAUGUACAAAGAUCAAUUAACUGAAGAGGAGAAAGAAAAGUUGCUGAAUACAUUGAUUGAAGCCGUAACGACUUUUGCAAUUUUUAACAGUAUAAUCGGAUUGGCCAUGCUUGUUUUCACUCAUUUAUCGGUUCUUAUAUUUAAUUAUACCGCUCUAAAACAGAUCUACAAAGUGCGAACUCUUUAUUUUAAUAGCGUUCUGAAUCAGGAUAUUUCCUGGCACGAUGUUAAUCAAACGGGAGAUUUUGCAAGUCGUAUGUCAGAGGAUUUGAAUAAGUUUGAAGAUGGAAUUGGAGAAAAGGUGCCCCUUUUUCUACACUCCAUGUUCACCACGGCAGCAUGCAUUACAUUAGCUUUAAUAAGAGGCUGGGAACUUGCCCUAGUGUGCCUGUCUUCUCUUCCACUUACUCUUAUAUCGUUAAGUGCAGUUUCAAAGAUCACCUCAAAAAUAGCUAAAGAGGAGCUUGACGCUUACGGGGCUGCAGGUGCUAUAGCUGAAGAGGUUCUAACAAACAUAAGAACAGUUGUGGCUUUUGGAGGAGAGUCGAAGGAAUUGACUCGUUAUGAGAACCAGCUCGUUUAUGCUCGAAACAAUAACAUCAAACGUUCCUUACUGUCCGGUAUAGGAUUCGGACUGUUAUGGUUUUUCAAUUAUGCCAUUUACGCCUUGGCUUUUUGGUAUGGGAUUAAUCUUAUUCUAAAAGAAAUGAAUUUGCCCGAAAAUGAAAGGAUUUACACUGCUGGCAACAUGGUAACGGUUUUUUUCAGUGUCAUGGAAGGAAGUACAAAUUUCGGAAUAGUCGCGCCUUACAUUGAAACCUUCGGUAUAGCCAAGGCUGCAGCGGCUAAAGUGUUUUCGGUAAUAGAUAAAAAGCCAGUUAUUAAUCAAUCAAAGUUAAACGGAAAGAAAAAGUGGGACGUUAAGGGGAGAAUUGUUUUCAAAGAUGUACAUUUUCACUAUCCAUCUCGACAAAACGUAAAGAUUUUGGAAGGAGUAAAUCUUACCAUAGAACCAGGUCAAACAGUAGCACUGGUUGGGAGUUCCGGGUGUGGAAAAUCAACAUGCAUUCAACUGAUACAAAGAUUUUACGAUCCAGUCAGGGGAACAAUAACAUUAGACGGUACGGAUUUGAAAGACUUCAAUCUGGUGUGGUUACGAAGCAAUUUCGGAGUUGUUGGCCAAGAGCCGGUCCUUUUUGGAACCACAGUAGCUGAGAACAUCCGAAUGGGUAACAGAUCGGCUACGAAAGAUCAAAUAGAAAAAGCUGCGAGAAGGGCAAACGCGCAUGACUUUAUAGUAACGCUUCCACAGGGCUACGACACCCUUGUUACAGGGGCACAGUUAUCAGGAGGUCAAAAGCAAAGAAUUGCCAUAGCUAGGGCCUUGGUCAGGGAACCUGCUAUCUUGUUGUUAGACGAGGCAACAUCAGCACUGGAUACUGACAGUGAGGCUAAGGUUCAAGCAGCUCUUGAUAUAGCGAGUAAGGGUUGUACAACGAUUAUUGUGGCGCAUCGGUUGUCCACUAUAAGAGGUGCUAACAAAAUAAUUGUGUUCUCAAACGGUAAUAUCGUUGAAGAAGGAACAUAUCAAGAACUAAUAGAGAAAAAAGGUCACUUUUAUGAACUCGCUCUCAGCCAAGCUGUUGGGCCCGAUCCUGACUACGAAGACAUAAAUGAAGAUGAACCUCUAAAUAACACCGACGUUCUUGAAGUAACGCACGCAAUGGACGAAAUAGAAGAAGAAUACGACUACGCCGAUCGAUAUUUAUCUUACAAGAAGAAGGCAAAAGCCAGCCCUUCAUCCUUAUGGUCGGUGGUAAGAAUGAACAAGCCAGAAUGGUGGCAAAUAUCACUUGGUUGUUUAACUUCCAUCAUUACCGGAUGUGCGCUUCCGAUUUUUGCUGUUCUUUUUGGCGAUAUUUUGGGUAUUUUGUCAAAUCCCGAUGCCAAUUAUAUUCACUCUCAAACCAAUAGGUACUGCAUAUACUUCGUGAUAAUGGCAUUAGUGACAGGUCCAGCAACAUUCAUGCAGAUUUACAUGUUUGGAAUAGCCGGUGAAAAACUGGUUCUCAGGUUAAGAAAGCAAAUGUUUGGUGCCAUGCUAUAUCAAGAAAUAGGAUGGUACGAUAUUAAAGAGAAUUCUGUUGGCAAUUUAUGCUCAAGAUUAUCCUCAGAAGCGUCGAGCGUGCAAGGGGCGACAGGCCAAAGAAUUGGUACAAUCCUGCAAUCUUUGGCGACCCUGGUUUUAGGAGUGUCAUUGUCCAUGUAUUUUGAGUGGCGAUUAGGUCUUGUCACCCUAGCUUUUGCUCCAUUUGUCUUGGUUGCCACGUUUUUUCAAAAGAGACUUCAGACAUCUAGAGACCAAGGGAACGGUUCACCGUUAGAAAGAUCAACCAAGAUUGCGAUUGAAGCAGUCAGCAAUAUUAGGACAGUUGUUUCAUUGGGAAACGAGAAUUUGUUUUACACGUUGUAUACAACUGAACUAAUGUCGUACUACAAAUUUGCCAAAAGAAGCAUUCACAUUCGGGCGCUUGUUUUAGCGCUAGCUAGAAGUUUAUUAGACUUUGCGUUCUCAACUUGUAUUUAUUAUGGCGGGAUUCUAAUCAGGGACGACAACUUAAACUACUCAAAUGUUUUCAAAGUCGCUCAGUCUCUUAUAUUUGGAACAGUUUCUAUAGCUAACGCUCUCGCUUUUACUCCCAAUUUUCAAAAAGGUUUAACGGCAGCUACAAGGAUAUUUAAUUUACUUUGUCGCGUACCAAAAAUUAGGGACACCUCUGAAAAUCUAUCAGAAAAAUGGGAAAAAGGUGACAUUAACUUCUCGAAAAUACACUUCCGAUAUCCAACACGUCCCAUGGUGAAAGUCCUUAACGGACUAAAUCUUUCCAUUCUGAAUGGUAAGACUGUAGCACUUGUGGGCUCUAGUGGAUGUGGAAAAUCGACCAUAAUCCAAUUGUUAGAAAGAUUUUAUGACCCGGAAAGAGGAUAUGUAUCGAUCGACAAGCAAAACUUGGCCGACAUGAAACUAAGUUCUUUGCGGUCACAUCUUGGCAUAGUAUCGCAAGAACCAAACCUAUUCGAUCGAACAAUUGCGGAAAACAUUGCUUACGGUGCUAAUAGCAGGGAAGUCAGUAAAGAUGAGAUAAUCGAAGCGGCAAAGAAAGCAAACAUACACAAUUUUGUUUCGAGUUUACCUUUGGGAUACGAUACAAGACUGGGUGAAAAGGGGGCGCAGUUGUCAGGGGGUCAGAAACAACGGAUUGCGAUUGCCAGGGCGCUGGUUCGAAAUCCUAAGGUUUUACUCUUGGACGAAGCUACAUCUGCGCUCGAUAACGAAAGUGAAAAGAAAAUAGUUCAACGUAUUGAAAAAGAUUACAAAUUGCACUACUGUUUUGGCGCUCCUGGAGUAGACAUAGAUCCUUCCAUAAAUUAUGUAUAUUUUAUUAAAAUAAACAGAGAAGGCCUACCCAGUUUCGAAUCUCUUGAAGAUGUACUGGCUGAAGCGCCCAACUACAUAUUGUGCGGUUCUGCCACCGGCAAUGUACUACACAAUUUAGGACUGCUAAUUGAACAGAACUUUUUACCUCUGAUAACAAAGCGUUUUAGAGAAGGUCAACAGUUCGAGGUUGAUAAAGACAAUGUAAUGGAGCAGUUUAGCGAUUUUAAAACACCGUCGGCUUACCGAAGAAUAUCGCUUGCCGUGAAGAAACAUUUGCAAAAAAAACAGGCUGAAAAAGAAGAGGAAGGGGAGGAGAAUAAUUUAUCGACGGAAUUGACGAGAAAAUCUCGUGAAAUUCUGGACAAGGAGGAAAAUAAAUCUAUGGAAGAGACGUCUUCAUUUAUUGCUUCAAAUACGCAGGAAACUUUAUUGAAAGAAACAACGAAUUUACUAGAAACAAUCAAAUGGUGUGACGCACACAUGAAAGACGAUGCUUGGUUGCCAAUGGGAAAUGUCCAGGAAAUUUUCUACUAUACCGACGAAGAGAUCCUGAACGAUCCAAAAUUGAUACAAGAGCUAGAGGAGAUUGUCAUGGGGUGGGAAAGACAUAUUAUUAAAGUUACCGAAAUGUAUGCAAACAGGGAACCGUUAGGAUUUGGUCCAACAGCAGAAUACGAAGACUGGCAGGAAAAACAAAAUGCAUACAGUAGCAUAACUGAUCAGUUGAAAGGUCGGGAAACAUUACGCACAAUUAAUAUUUUACAAGCGGCGGAAUCUCCAUUCAUAAGUGCGUUUGAAACGUACACAAUCGAUUUACGAAAGGUGUUGGUACAAGCAAGAGACAACGCUAAAUUUUUGACCACCGUUUUGAGAUAUUUUAAAGCCAUUGACUCUGUCUCGGAUUACGCAGUAUUGACAAAAAUGAUACCGGAUCUUAUGGACGGUUUACGUUUAAUUUGGAUCCUGUCGAGCUACUACGGCAGAGACGAGACCAUGAUCGCGCUCAUGGAAAAGAUAGCAUGGGCGCUCCGAGAGAGGGUGAUAGCUCAUUUGGAUCUUGACACCCUUUUCAGAAAUCCUGUGAACGAGGUACUCGAGGAAACGCAGAAAGCGAUGGAAAUGUUAGAAACGUGGAAAUCGGCCUAUAUGACAACAAGAGAAAAGAUCGAAAUUUCCGGAAAAGGGCAGAGAUGGGAAUUUGAUAAAUCGGUAUUGUUCGAAAAAACUGAUCAUGUAGCUGCCAUAUGUCGAGAUUUACACGAAAUAGCAGUGGUUCUCAGCCACUUCACAAACAUUUUCGGACCGGAAUUAAAGGCAGUUGUGAGCGAUCCUCAAAGAAUUAACGAAAUUCGAAAACGUCUUGAGGUGUUGGUGGCACCAGUAGAAGGUCUGGAUUUUGACGUUUUCAAAGUAAGCAACAAGGAAAACUGGGAUCUCAUAAUGGUGGCAUUUCAAAAGGAAAAGCAUCUAUUCGAAAAUAAAGCCUUACAAAUGAUCGAUCAGAGUUUUAAAAUAUUAAGAUCUGCUGAUUCAGCUCUGGACAUGCUGGCCAAAGUUAUAAAACUAGAUACAAGACCUGUAAUCAAAGAAAGACUGGCCGAAAAGUUCGAUAGCAUUGUCGAUCAAUUUUCGAAAGAAAUCAUGGAAAUUGAAGAUAUAUUUCAGAGGUUCAAACGGAAGCCUCCCAUUUCCCGAAAUCAGCCGCCAAUUUGCGGAUCUAUAUACUGGAGCAGGCUUUUAUUUUAUAAACUGAAGAAGACCGUGCUAAAACUGCAAACCGUCGAAGAAUUAAAGACGUCGUCGCUGAAGUUUGACGCUUUUCAAAGCUACGCGACAUUGGGGAAGAAAAUGCGAGCCUUCGAAAAAUCGAAAUUCGAACAAUGGCUAAGUACUGCAUUAAAAAUUAUUCAAGAAUCCCUCGAAAUGAAAAUAAUCAAACUCGCACAUAUAAAAAAGAAACUCAUCAAGAUACCAGCAGAGGACGAGUCAGAGGUUGGUUCGAUAAAAGGAAAACGUAGCGGUUCCCCUAUGGGUAAAAAAGCAUCCUUUAUAGAGAGGUGUAUGAAUCAAAAAAACGUGACGUGGUUCGAUUUAAUUGGUAACCAAGUGUUAUCCGAAAAUAAUUGCAAGUUCGUGAUCAAUUUCAACAAGCAAAUAUACACUUAUCUAACCACUACCGAAAGGAUUGAAUUUCUGGGAUUCAAUUUACCGGACGUUAUCAAAAAGGCUGCCUUACAGACUGAUGAAAUUAGCGCGAAUGAGGAACAAGUUGAAACAAUGCUUUCCGAAUAUAACAGUAUCAUUAGCGUACUUACUGUUCCUCAGUUAAAUCUUCUCAGAGAAUGUCUAAAAGACGUAGAGUUACAUAUUCAGCCGGGCCUAACGAUACUUAACUGGAAAUCUCUUUCUAUCCGAGAAUAUGUGAACACAUGCCGAACGAAAAUUGGAGACCUGAAGGCUCUCUACACGGAGGUGCAGCAUAUGGAGAGCUACGUGUUCACCAGGAUUAACGCCAUACCCGACUACGACCUAUUCUAUUUUGUACCGGUCGAAGAAGAACCAACGCGGCUGUUUUGCAAAGACUUUUUUCAUCAGUUGAACGAGAAACGAACGGAAACAAUUUACGAACUGAACAAACAAUACGAAAGCAUAACCCCGUUGCUUUUGAAACUGGAGCACGUGGUUUUGAAAACAACAACCGGUUACUGUCCUCACAUGCUACAGUACUACACCUUUUGGGAAGAGAAAAUUUACGAGAGGCUCAUCCAGAUGAUACUCCUAAAUCCAGAACGAUUUACGAGGAAAAUGGAAGACGGCGUUGUUAUGUUUCACGUUGACGCAUUGCUCUCUACAACGGAAGUAGUUCUUCAACCCACACCGAUGGAAGUAUACAACAUGAUCAUAAAAAACUUAAACGACCUCGUUUCGAGGUUAAAGUCGUUUCCGAGAUGGAUGAAAGGCACUUGUCUUUUGUGUCCUCAGCAAAAAAUUGAAAACACGAACGAUUUCCUGGUCUAUUCUUUUUACAAUGACAUUGCCAGUUUGCAAGAAGUGACAGAUGUUAUAGAGAAGGCCCAAAUUGCGGCUUACCGUAGACUCCUCGAAAUUAAUAAAUACGUUCUUACGUGGAAACGAUACAAAAAUCUUUGGCUGUAUGACAAAGAAGACAACUGCCAAAAAUUGGUUGAAAAACAUCCUCGCAUAAACCUGUAUGACGAUACCCUGACCUAUUACAAUGACAUUAUCGACGACCUGAUACGUUACCCGGAUCAUAUGGACAUUGGUUGUAUCAGGGUAAAUCUGCGUCCUUUGUUAAAUUCAAUCUGUGAGCAUGCCCAUAUGUGGAAAAUUACCUUGAGCGAAAAAUUAGCUGAAGACAUUAAAAAGUCUAUGCUAGCACUGAAAGAAGUAAUGGACGAACUCAAAGCGAAGGUAAAUGCGAAUAUAAGAGGUUUAGAGCAAUUGAAAAUCGUCAUGAAAGCCAUUAACGAUGUUCUUAAGAUGAACGUUGGAGCAGAGGUGCAAUUUACCAACGCCCAAGAAAUUUACAUAAUGCUAAGGGAUUAUGCUUUGCCAUUUAAUGAAGACGACGAGAUUUUCGCGUAUGAGAUAGCGAAGGAAUGGAGAAUACUCUAUCUGUCUGCACUUUAUAGGAAUCAGACUUUGGAAUCGACCAAAGAAAGAUUUGUCGAAAUUACAAUUGGAGAAGUGAGAGACUUUUGCAAACUUAUCGCAGAAUUUGUUGAAAAAUUUGACACGGAAGGUCCAGGAUGCGUUGGUGACGAUCUUGAACAGGGUUUGAGGUUAAUGGAAGAAUUUGGAAAAAUCUUCCGAGAACUAGAGGUUCGACGAUUAGACCUGGUUAACGCGGAAUUAUUAUUCGAUAUUCCGCUAACCGAUUAUUCGGACUAUUUAAGAGCAUACAACGACUUCGAAAAUUUUGAAUUGGUUUAUAAACUUUACAAAAACCAAAAAUCAGCCCGUGACAUAUGGGGAAGAACGCUUUGGGUUAACUUAAAUCCCCAGGCGCUUACUGAUGGUAUCGAGACUUUCCUGAAAGACUUUAGGAAGUUACCAAAACUUGUCAGAUCGUAUCCCAUAGCCCAAGCACUAGAGCUUAAAAUGAAACAUUUUAAAGGAACUGUGCCUUUGAUGGUGGCCCUCAAAAACGAAGCUUUGAGAGAAAGACAUUGGGAACAGCUUAUGCAAAAGACCGGGAAAUUCUUCGACAUGUCACCAGAUCGAUUUACACUGGAUAAUAUGUUUGCUAUGGAAUUACAUAAGUAUCAAGAGAUCGCAGAACAAAUAAUUAACAAUGCCAUUAAAGAACUUGCUAUAGAAAAGGGCGUUCAAGACAUCGUAGAUACAUGGAAUGUAAUGGCUUUCAAUGUUCUAAAAUAUAUAAAGGGAAACGAAGACAGAGGAUUCGUAUUGGGUCCCGUUGAUGAAAUUGUUCAAGUAUUGGAAGAUAAUUCGAUGAAUCUUCAAAGUAUGGCCGGAUCUCAAUUCGUUGGACCGUUCCUUCCAGUGGUACAGAAAUGGGAAAAGACGCUCUUCCUUAUUGGCGAGGUAAUCGACGAGUGGAUAGGUGUCCAGAGGAAAUGGAUGUAUCUCGAAGGAAUAUUUGUGGGUGGGGACAUUAGAACACAAUUGCCAGAUGAAGCGAAAAAAUUUGAUAACUUUGAUAAAUCAUUUCGAAGAAUUAUGGUCGAAUGUGCGAAGAAUCCGAAUGUCCUUUUAAAUUGUACAGCAUCUGGAAGAUUAGAAGAGUUUCAGGGUUUAAGUUUUGGCCUUGACAGAUGUCAAAAAUCUUUAAACGACUACUUGGACUCGAAGAGAAUGAGAUUUCCUAGAUUUUAUUUUAUCUCAACUGACGAAUUAUUAUCGAUUUUGGGAAGCAGCGAGUACGAAGUAGUCCAGGAGCACAUGAUCAAAAUGUUUGACAACAUCAAAAUGCUAAAGUUCAACUUGGACCAGAACGACAACGUAAUUGCCACGGCGAUGAUUUCCGCGGAAGCUGAAGUGAUGGAUUUUAGAAACGCCGUUCUUAUCGAAGGCCCUGUCGAAGAAUGGAUGAACGACGUCUUGCACGAAAUGCGUCGAUCGAAUCGAUUCAUUACUAAGAAGGCGAUAUACAACUACGGAAAAGUAAGACGUCCUAGAGCAGAAUGGAUGCUGGACUUCCAGGGGAUGAUUUGCUUAGCCGGCAGCCAAGUCUGGUGGACCGCUGAGGUGGAAAACGUUUUCGAAAAAAUUCUGAAAGGACAGCACAGAUCAAUGAAAGAAUAUCUAAACCAACAAAAUAGGCAGCUCGACGAAAUCGUCAUCACUGUACGUGGCGAUCUCACAUCAAACGAUCGAUCCAAGUUUAGAACAAUAGCUAUCGUCGAAGUGCACGCGCGAGACAUCAUAGAAGGCUUCGUUCGAGACAGCGUCACCGACAUACAAGAAUUCGAAUGGGAAAGCCAGCUAAGGUUUUACUGGGUUAACCGAUUGGACAAUCUUUGGGUUAACCAAUGUACCGGAUCAUUCGAAUACGGUUACGAAUACAUGGGUCUAAACGGUCGUCUGGUUAUCACACCUCUUACAGACAGAAUAUACUUGACCAUUACCCAAGCCUUGCUAAUGCACCUUGGUGGUGCCCCGGCCGGACCUGCCGGGACCGGGAAAACUGAAACCACUAAGGAUUUAGCCAAAGCAAUGGCUCUAUUGUGUGUGGUAACUAAUUGUGGAGAAGGGAUGGACUUUAAAGCGAUUGGAACUAAUUUGGCUGGGGUUUGUCAAUGCGGAGCCUGGGCAUGUUACGAUGAAUUUAACAGAAUUGAUAUAUCUGUGCUCUCAGUAAUAUCAACUCAAUUACAGACAAUACGAAGCGCUCUCAUAAAUAAAUUGGAACGGUUUAAUUUUGAAGGACAAGAAAUUGCACUGGAUGCAAAGGUUGGAAUAUUCAUAACGAUGAAUCCUGGAUACGCAGGACGAACCGAGCUUCCGGAAUCGGUUAAAGCACUCUUUAGGCCGGUCGUUUGUAUAGUUCCCGAUAUGGAGCAGAUCUGCAUGAUCUCCCUCUUCUCCGAUGGAUUCCUUGAAGCAAAAGUCCUCGCGAAAAAAAUGACGGUAUUAUACAAAUUGGCAAGAGAGCAAUUGUCAAAACAAUAUCAUUACGACUGGGGUCUUCGAGCACUAAAUGCGGUACUGCGGAUGGCUGGCGUACUCAAAAGAAACGAUCCCGACAAAUCCGAAGCCCUAGUUCUCAUGAGAGCACUGAGGGACAUGAACCAUCCAAAAUUCGUCUUCGACGACGUUCCUCUGUUUCUGGGAUUGAUUCAGGAUCUGUUCCCAAAUCUCGACUGUCCUAGGGUUGGUUAUCCCGAUUUCAAUGCUGCCGUUGAGAAUGUUUUGGAAAAAGAGGGCUACAUUCUACUUCCCAUUCAAAUAGAUAAAGUGGUUCAAAUGUACGAAACGAUGAUGACACGUCACUCUACCAUGAUCGUCGGGCCAACCGGUGGAGGUAAAACGGUUGUGAUUCAGACUCUUGCGAAAGCUCAAACUUUAUUAAACCUGCCGACGAAAAUAACCACCCUGAACCCGAAAGCGUGUUCCGUUAUAGAACUUUAUGGCGUAUUGGAUCCGUUUACGCGCGACUGGACUGAUGGAUUACUAUCGAACAUUUUUAGGGAGAUGAAUAAGCCAACGGAAAGGGCAGAACGUCGAUACGUUUUAUUCGAUGGGGACGUGGAUGCCCUCUGGAUUGAGAAUAUGAACUCCGUAAUGGAUGAUAACAAGCUAUUGACCUUAGCUAACGGUGAACGUAUCAGACUGUUGCAACCUACUUGCGCAUUGCUCUUCGAAGUUGGAGAUUUACAGUAUGCAUCCCCUGCAACAGUUUCUAGAGCCGGUAUGGUAUACGUGGACCCCAAAAACCUUGAAUAUGAGCCUUACUACUUGAAGUGGGUUAAUAAGCGCCAAGAAGGGAAGGAACAAGAAUUGUUUACCAAAUUUUUAGAACAAUACGUAAUACCCAGCAUGCAGUACAUAAUACAAGGGGAAGUCAAGGGCCGACCGGUACCACCCCUUAAAACUGUCAUACCACAAACAGGAUUAAAUCUGGUUACCCAGUUAUGCAAUUUCGUAGAUGCAAUCUUCCCUGUUCCUGAGGUAGAAGAAGGAGGAAAACCCGUACCAGUACAAGUAAUGGAAGACUUCAUGUACGAAAGCAUAUUCAUUCACGCCAUUUACAAUUCGCUGGGUGCACCCCUUUUAGAAAAAGGCAGAGUCGAAUACGACCAAUUCGUGAAAAGCCUUUGUCCAUUUAUGGCGGCUGAAGAUAAAAUCGAAGAACCUGCCGAACUCAGAUACCUCCCUACGGCCUUCCCGACGAUGUACGAUUAUUAUAUGGACUUGGAGAAGUCGGUCUGGUACGCGUGGAAUUGGUUAAUUCCAGAAUAUGAACACGUACGGGAGAAAAGGUUUUCCGAAAUUUUGGUACCAACCAUUGACACCGUUCGUGUCACUUACGCUCUGAAAGUACUUAACAAAAUAAGGAGACCGACGAUUUUAGUGGGAGAAACAGGAACAUCAAAGACGGCAAUUAUUUCCAAUUUUUUAAGGUCACUCGACCCUGACAAAUUUCUCGUAUUAAAUAUCAACUUCUCAUCAAGAACCUCGUCCAUGGACGUCCAGAAAACAUUGGAAUCAUCGGUGGAGAAACGCACCAAGGAAAUCUACGGUCCUCCAAUUGGUAAAAAGUUAAUCUGCUUUAUGGACGAUCUCAACAUGCCCCAGGUAGACGAUUACGGAACACAACAACCGAUAGCACUAUUGAAAUUGCUUUUUGAAAAGGGCGGUUUCUACGAUAGGGGAAAAGAUUUGAAUUGGAAACAAAUGAAAGAUAUACUAUACGUUGCUGCAAUGGGCCCACCAGGUGGUGGUAGAAAUCCCGUAGAUCCCCGAUUUAUGUCCAUGUUCGCGGUUUUCAAUCUCGUGUUUCCGUCCGAUGCGACACUCCAUCAUGUGUACUCGUCUAUACUUAGAGGCCACUUGGAAAACUUUGCAGAAGAGGCACAAAUAGCUGAUGCUCUUGUACAGAUGACACUGAACCUUUACAAUCUCAUGCUCGUAGAACUACCACCGACUCCAAGCAAGUUCCAUUAUAUAUUCAACAUGCGCGAUUUGUCAAGAAUAGUGGCAGGAUUAAUGAAGACAACGCCAAAAUACUUCGAAAUGGCUCAUCAGAUGGUACGUGUUUGGAGAAACGAAUUUUUACGUGUAAUUUGCGAUAGGCUAAUCAAUUCAGACGAUCAAGAACUGAUGCGGAACCAUCUCAUUGAGCAGAUAAACGAAUUCUUCCCGUCAAGAGCACAAAUGAGAAUGGAAGAGGUAAAACCGAUUGAGGAAACAGAUCAGUCCGAAACAAUGCUCCUAGAGGAUGAAAAAAUACCUGACAUGUUGGAAGAACAGGAGGAAGAAGAAGAAGAAGGAAUUAACGUUUUGGAAUACGCGAUGAGAGAUCCCAUACUGUUUGGAGAUUACAGAAAUGCGCUUAAUUUAGAUGAACCGAGAGAUUAUGAAGAUUUACUUGACUAUGAUGCUACGUACUCGCUUUUUCAAGAGAUUCUUGAAGAGUAUAAUGAACGCAAAGAAAAAAUGAAUAUCAUUCUUUUCGAAGAUGCUCUGGAACACCUGACCAGGAUUCACAGAGGAUUAAGAUUAGAGCGUGGACAUAUGAUGGUGGUAGGAGUUGGUGGAUGCGGCAAAGCAAGUUUAACAUUUCUGGCAGCGUUUACAGCCGAUUGCGAAAUAUUUGAAAUUCAACUAUCCAGAGGUUACAACGAGAACGCAUUCAAAGAAGAUCUCAAGAAACUGUUUUUCCAACUGGGCUUGGAUAACAAACCGACUGUGUUUCUUUUUAAGGCAGCCCAAAUAGCAGAAGAAGGUUUUCUGGAAUUUAUAAACAACAUAUUAAUGACGGGAAUGGUCCCAACGUUGUUUUCGGACGAAGAUAAGGACCAGAUUAUUGGUAAUUGCAGAACUGAAGCAUCGAAUGCAGGCUAUGGAAUAAGUAAAGAUGGCGUGUGGCAAUUUUUCUGUACUAGAUGCACAGACAAUCUUCACGUCGUCCUCUCGAUGUCUCCUCAGGGAGAAAUUCUCAGCAAACGAUGUCGCAACUUCCCCGGACUAGUUAACAACACGUGCAUCGAUUGGGUCUUCCCCUGGCCACUGCAAGCUUUACAAGCCGUUGCAUCCGUUUAUCUGAAGGAGAAUCCAAAGCUACCAGCAGAUUUAAGAGAAACGAUAGUUGAACACGUUGUGUACGUCCACACUUCUGUCGGUCAAUUCACGUUAGAUUUCCAAACCAAACUUAGAAGAAAGAAUUACGUCACGCCGAAACAUUAUCUGGAUUUCAUAGCAACAUAUCUUCGACUACUUGAAGAGAAGAACGAAUACAAUUUGGCUCAAUGUGAAAGGUUGAAAGGCGGCUUACGAAAAAUCGACGAAGCCAGCAAGGAUCUAGCUGUUCUCAAUGCUAAAUUGGAAGUACAAAAGAAAAUCGUCAUGCAAGCCACGAACGCCUGUAACGCUAUGCUACUAGAAAUCGAGGCUGGAACUGCUAAAGCUACUCAGAAAAAGGACGUUGCCUCUUUGAAAUCCGUAGAAAUUGAGGAACAGGCUAAAAUAAUAAGUUUGGAACAAGCUGAUGCUGAAGCAGCGCUAGCCGAAGCAAUGCCGGCGUUAGAACUGGCCAGACUAGCACUUUCAGAACUUGAUAAGCAGGACAUCACAGAAAUUCGAUCUUUUGCAACCCCUCCAGAACCGGUGCAAAUUAUUUGCGAAUCAGUUGCCUUAUUAAGAGGAUACAAGGAAGUGAAUUGGAAAGUUGCAAAAGGAAUGAUGUCCGAUCCAAGUUUCUUGCGUCAGUUACUGGAAAUGAAUUGCGACCUGAUCACUAUAGGUCAGCAAAAAGCAACUAAAGAACAUUUAAAGAAGUCGAAAAAGCUGGACGAUAUGGAGAAAAUUAGUAAAGCUGGUUUCGGCCUGUAUAAGUUUGUACAAGCAGUAUUAGGGUACUGCCUUGUUUUUCGCGAGGUAAAACCGAAAAAGGACAGGGUAGAGGCUUUGCAAAAGGAAUACGAUGCGGCCAAAAAGAGUCUCGAUAAACUCUAUAACGAAAUCGCCAAAUUAGAAGCUGAUCUAGCAAUCUUAAAUGAAAAAUUCGAAAUUGCCAUGAAAAGAAAGCAAGAACUGCAAGAAGAAACGGACAUUAUGAUGAGAAGACUGAUUGCUGCAGAGAAACUGAUGACGGGUCUUUCAUCAGAGUUUAAAAGAUGGACGGCAGACUUGGCAAAUCUUCAUGUGGAAAGAGCAAAACUGGUCGGUAACUGUUUAUUAUCAUCUGCGUUUCUUAGUUACGCCGGUCCAUUCAGUUACGAAUUUCGUAAAGAAAUGAUUUAUUACGACUGGCAAAACGACAUCAUCAACAGGGAAAUUCCCAUAACUCAGCCUUACAGAAUCGAAGUAAACUUGACGAACGACGUGGAAAUUAGCAAAUGGAACUCAGAGAACUUACCUCCAGACGAAUUAUCCAUACAAAACGGCAUCUUGACUCUACGAGGUUCUCGAUUUCCCGUCUGCAUCGAUCCUCAGCAGCAAGCCCUGAACUGGAUAAAAAAGAAAGAAGAAAAGACCAACCUGAAAGUUCUCAGCUUUACCGAUCCGGAUUUCCUAAAGUUCCUGGACAUGGCCAUCAAAUAUGGAACGCCCAUUCUCUUUCAAGACAUCGACGACUAUGUCGAUCCGGUCAUCAACAACGUCUUGGAAAGAAACAUCAAAAACAUAAGCGGAAGAGUGUUUGUAAUACUCGGCGACAAGGAAGUAGACUAUGAUCCCAAUUUUCGAAUGUAUCUCACGACAAAAUUAUCAAAUCCUGCCUUCAGUCCCGCUGUCUAUGCGAACGGUCUUGUAAUCAAUUACACUGUUACACUGACUGGCUUGGAAGAUCAGCUUUUGGGGGUCGUGGUAAGAAACGAGCGUCGCGAUUUAGAAGAACAAAGAGAAACGUUAAUCGCAGAAACUAGCGAAAACAAAAAUCUUUUGCAACAAAUAGAAGACGCACUACUGAGAGAGCUGUCCACGUGUCAAGGGAACAUGUUAGACAACGUUGAACUCGUGGAUACGUUAGAAAACACAAAAACAAAAGCAGCUGAGGUGACGUCCAAGCUCGAACUUGCCCAGCAAACCGGCAAAGACAUUGAAAAGUUAAGAGACGGCUACCGAUUGGUUGCGAGACGAGGUGCAAUACUAUUUUUCGUCCUAUCGGACAUGGCAGGUGUCAAUGCCAUGUACCAGUUCGCCCUUGGGCCCUACUUAGAAGUAUUUGCCUAUUCAUUGCGCAAGGCCCUUCCACACACUGUUUUGGCCAAAAGACUCCUGAACAUCAUUAACUGUCUCACCAAGAACGUUUACGACUUUGGCUGCACGGGAAUCUUUGAACGACACAAGCUACUGUAUUCCUUCCAAAUGACUGUCAAAUUGGAAUUAGCAAAGGAAAAAAUCCUUCAAAGUGAAGUAGACUUCUUUAUAAAAGGGAACGUAAGUCUCGAAAAGUCAGGAAUACCAUGCCCCGCUGAAUUUAUAUCGCCUCAGGGAUGGGAAGACAUAGUUAAACUUUCUACAGAUUUCCCGGAACCUUUUGAAAAACUGACAAGUGAUAUAACGAAGCACGUAAGUGAUUGGCGACAAUGGUACGAUUUGGACUCACCAGAAUCCACCCAAUUUCCCGACGAGUACACGGAAAAGUGUAAUCCUUUCAAUGUUCUUAUGCUGAUACGAUGCUUCCGUAUUGACCGAGUCUACAGAGCAGUCAGUAACUACAUCACUGAGACCAUGGGCGAAGAAUACAUAAUGCCUCCAGUGAUCAGUUUGGACAAUAUAUUUGAUCAAAGCAGCGCUCACACACCCGUAGUUUUCAUCUUAAGUCCCGGAUCGGAUCCUACAGCUGAACUAAUGAAAUUGGCAGACAGGUGCGGAAUGGGUGGAGGAAAAUUCCGAUAUCUUUCGCUUGGUCAGGGCCAAGAACCGGCUGCUAUCGCUUUGCUGGAGACGGCAGUCGCUAGGGGACAAUGGCUCAUGUACCAAAAUUGUCACUUGCUGAUAUCAUUCAUAAGACUACUGGAAAAACAGUUGGAAAAAGUUUCUAAACCACAUCCAGAUUUUCGUUUGUGGCUAACGACAGAUCCAGUUGGAAAUUUUCCAAUUGGGAUUUUACAGAGAUCUUUGAAAGUGGUAACAGAACCUCCGAACGGACUGAAACUUAAUCUUCGUAACACUUAUUUCAAAAUGCGUCCUCAAACGUUAGAGGCGUGUUCGCAUCCUGCCUUCAAAUCCUUGGUUUACGUGUUGGCAUUUUUCCACGCGGUCGUCCAGGAACGAAGAAAAUACGACAAAAUCGGUUGGAAUAUAAGCUACGACUUUAACGAAUCAGACUUUAAUGUGUGUGUCCAAAUACUGGACACCUACCUGACAAAAGCGCAAGCACUCAAAGACACUCGAAUACCAUGGGGAAGUCUAAAAUACCUUAUCGGAGAGGUCAUGUAUGGAGGAAGAGUUAUUGACGAUUUCGACAGGAGAAUUGUCAAAACAUACAUGAACGAGUACAUGGGAGACUUCCUUUUCGACAGUUUUCAACCAUUCCAUUUCUAUAGAGACCGUAAUGUGGAUUACACAAUACCACCAGAUGGUAUUAAAGACAACUAUAUCGAAAUAAUCGACACGUACCCUCUAGCGAACACCCCCGAAGUUUUUGGAUUACAUCCAAACGCAGAAAUUGGUUAUUUUACCCAAGCUGCCAAAGAAAUGUGGAAACUGUUGAUAGAACUUCAACCACAAACUGGUGGUGGUGGUGAAGGAAUUAGCCGAGAAGAGUUUAUUACGAAUAUUGCAUCGGACAUUUUGAAAAAAAUCCCUCCCGAUUACGAAGUUGCAAAAGUUCGAACGUUCUUCCGAUUAAGCAUGACCCCGACCAUUAUAGUAUUGCUUCAAGAGUUAGAAAGAUUCAAUAGACUGAUUAAAUCGAUAAGGACAAGCCUGAAUCUAUUGAAUAAAGCUUUGGCCGGAGAAAUUGGGAUGGACGCCACCCUGGACAAUAUUGCUUAUUCCCUUUUUAACGGUCAGUUGCCGGCACUUUGGAGGAAAUUAGCCCCGGCAACUUGUAAAUCGCUCGGGGGUUGGAUGGAACAUUUUGAAAGACGGCAGAGUCAAUACGCCGAAUGGGCGGCAAAGGGCGAUCCUAUAGCAAUAUGGAUAUCGGGUCUACACAUCCCCGAAACUUAUUUGGCCGCUUUAGUUCAAAUUGCUUGUCGACAAAAUAAUUGGCCUUUGGACAGGUCUACAGUGUACACCAUCGUAACAGAAUUUGUUGCUUCGGAGGAGAUCGAGCUACCUCCUAUGCCAGGUAAUUGUUACGUGGAAGGGUUGUACAUUGAAGGCGCAAGAUGGGAUAUCGAAAACAAUUGCUUACAAAGGUCGAGACCGAAAGUAUUAAUUGAAGCCCUGCCUAUAUUAAAAGUAAUUCCAAUCGAGGUGCAUCGUCUAAGAUUACAGAAAACAUUAAGAACCCCGGUGUAUACAACGUCUUUACGUAGGAAUGCAAUGGGGGUGGGACUGGUGUUCGAAGCUGAUCUCCGAACUCCUGAACAUCUAAGCCAUUGGAUACUUCAAGGAGUAUGUCUUGUUUUAAAUACAGAUUAA